CUCGUUUUCGCCGAGUCGGGUACCAUGGGCGGCUGCGCAUCCACGGGCGCGGGCAACGACAAGGACAUGGCGAAGUCGCGCGAGCUCGACAUGGCCAACGAGGAGGCGCAUCGGCAAGAGCAGGAGAAGGUCAAGCUGCUCCUCCUCGGCGCCGGCGAGUCGGGCAAGAGCACGAUCUUCAAGCAGAUGAAGCUCCUAUACGGCAUGCCGCUCACGGACGAAGAGAAGCGCCAUUGCACACCGAUCGUAUACAACAACCUCGUCACAAGCAUCAAGAUCCUCUGCGACCAGUGCAUCGAGCUCCAGCUCAAGGGCGAGGUCAAGGCGACGUCCGACUUUGACGACAUCAAGGGCAUUUCGGACGAAGCCGAGGUCACGCCCAAGGUGGGCAUGAAGAUCAAGAACCUCUGGAACGACCCGGGCAUCCAGCUGGUGUGGGCGCGCCGCGCCGAGUUCCAGAUCGUCGAGUCGGUGAAAUUCUACUUUCAAGACAUUGACCGCAUCAUGGCCGACGAGUACACGGCGACGCAGCAAGACAUGCUGUACGCGCGCGUCCGAACGUCCGGCAUUGUCGAAGAAAAGUACCAGAUCGACGGCGCGACCUUUGUCAUGUACGACGUCGGCGGGCAGCGUAACGAGCGCAAGAAGUGGAUCCACUGCUUUGAAGACGUGACCAGUGUCAUCUUUGUCGCUGCGCUCUCCGAGUACGACCAGUCGCUCUACGAAGACUCGAGUACGAACCGCAUGAUCGAGGCGAUUACGCUCUUUGACGAGAUCGUCAACAACCGCUUCUUUGGCAACUCGGCCAUGAUCCUCUUCCUCAACAAGAAGGACCUCUUUGAGGAAAAGAUCCGCAAGAUCGACAUCAAGUCGGUCGAAGUCUUCAAGGACUUUCAGGGCGGUCUCGGCGACUUUGAGAAAGGCGUCACGUACUUCCUCUCCAAGUUUCUCGAGAUGAACCGCCAGCCCGAGAAGGAGAUUUACCACCACGUGACGUGCGCGACCGACUCGCAAAACGUCCAAGUCGUCUUCAACGCGUGCAAAGACAUUAUUUUGAAGCAGAACAUCCGCGGGUCCGGCUUCAUGUAAGAUACGACGCUCUCUUCGCGCGUACUAGGUUACGUUGAUAUAUAUAUACACAUGAAACAUCACAAACUAAUCCAAAAACGCCAAACACAA